AUGACAUCGAGUGCCUUCAAGUGCAGCACGGAGGAAAAAGGGACUGAUGACGCGAGGACUCCAUUCUUCUACCCGGCUUUCAAUGACAGUCAUUGGCCCAUCUCUGCUGAGCAACAAGAAGGAUGCUGCCCCUGGAGGGAUCCCAGGGAUAUCUGGGGUAGGCUCAAUGCCAGGUGGAUUGGCCUGAACCCAUUGACCUUCGUGAACAUAUCUGGCCCGCGGAACUUCAAUUGCCGCUAUCGGAUCCCAGGAGACACCGUGCCCACGAACCUUCCCGCAACAGAAACCGUUCAGGCAGACGUUCUUGUACCGACUUUGAAUGUGUCAGCCGUGCAGCUGUCAACAUCCGUGACGAAGAUGACCGUCACAGUUGACCGAACUGCAAAUGCGUACUGCGGCAUCAUCGAUGCGCGGUAUCAGCUGCGCACACCAACCCACAACGAGCUCAAGCGGUGGGGCUCCGGUCUGCAGAAUUUACAGGGUGAACUGUAUAUCUUUCAGCUGAUUGACGGGGCCGAGUUUACGUCCCGAGAGCUCAACGCAACCGUUCUGUAUCGGGUGGAUGUUGAGGAUGAGGAGGCGUGUGAAGCUCAAUGCCUUCGCUACGAGGAGUGUGUUGCCUUGGAAUAUUAUGCCUUUGGCACUCACCCUCAGACAGGCACCAACUGCAAACUGAUCAAUGGAACCUACAACACCAGCGAGAGGCUUGACCCUUCCAUGCUUGCAAGCUUCAUUCAGAAGUUCAAGGUGCUAACCAGGCCGCCGCAUACUGUCACAGUCAGUGGCUUGCUGUUCCCGGCCACCGUCUACAAUGUAUACUGCUCUGUGGAGGACCCCAUCACAGGCAACCAUUCCACGUGGGCGAAAAUCGCCUCCCAGGUCUUCUCAGAGCGGUCUGAGGGCUGCUUUGACUGCGGCAACACGGCACCACCCAGCAUCUAUAUUAGAGGGGGCUGGGCUGGCACUGAGACCAUUGGGGUGGUGGCUGGUGCAAGUGCGACUGGCCGCCUGUUCUGCCACGCUUUCGUGCAGAACUCGAGUUUCUCGCCAACGGUCUCACCAGCCGCGAUUCGCAAUGGGAAUUACUUCGGCAUCCUCACAUCCACAUCCAACACCAUUGCAAUCACCAUCGCUGACUUGCAGCCGGGCAUGCCACACAUCGUGGCCUGCAUGGCGGAGUCGGACUCUGGGGCGGAAAGCACUCAAAGCCAGGUGGACUUGACCAGGCGGGAGAUCUCUACAGAGUCCACAGAGGUCACCAUCAGCUCCAUGAGAAUCACUCGCGAAUCCCUACUCCUGGGUGAUGAGAUCACAGUAACCACUCAGAUGACCAAUGUUGGCUAUCUCUGGUGCGAGUCUUUCCCUUCUUUGAACAUGCGGCAGCUUGGUGUGCCAGAUGGCGCUACGCUGCAGGACAUUGCGCCCAAACAGAAGGUGAUCACCAUCCAGGAAGUGUCAGCUGUCGCGUUCCCCGAGCUGGACAGGAACACAUCCUAUGAUGUCUGGUGCACUGGGGAGUACAAUGACUUCCAGAAUGACGAGGGAGGGCAG